CGCCGAGUAGGGGAAGCCUUUUCGGCGGACACGCGGUCAUCCGCGACGUCACUUUGCGACGCGACGCCGAACCGCUCGCUCGCCCGUGCCGUCGGCUUCGUGCUGGGAUCGUGGUGCACGUAUAAUCGCGCGAUCGACCGGUUGCAAAAGACGUUUAUUGAUACUCAUUUGAGCAGGGAGCAUGAUCGACCAAUGAACUGACGCUUGCCAGUCGCAUCUCGAUGACAUCUGCGUGACAGCCACGAGUUUCAAGUUUCAAGAGCGCUUCGGAGGGUCGCUGACACUUGCACAGAGGCACAACCGCGUCGCUAGAUCGCGCAUGAUCGAUCGACUCGACUGGACGGAGUCUCGUGGUCGCCGCUCAGAUAGAAAUCCGAUUGUUAUUAGGUCAGUGUCGGCUCGACAAAUCAGCCGGGUAGCGUCUUGGUCGCGCGAUCGAUCGUUUGUCGGUUGUUGUCUCGAAAAAAAGAAAGAGAAUCACGGAGGAGGGACGACCGUCGCGCUUAGACCCGCGAUUCGUGAGAGUCAGUGUUAAUCACGGAGACUGCCGUAGCGAUCGAGUGGACAAAGAGAGUACCUAGAUUCGGUUAAAGGAUACUACUACCGAUCAGUGUCGAUCACGGGAACGAUCCUAACGGGAAGUAUGUGUUAGAGACACCUGCAGUGAUCGCGAGGACAUGGCAGCUAUGCAUUACAACGCGCAGAUGGUCUCGGAGGAGCUGCACCAGCACCCGCGACACCUGUACAGUCUCCAACAAAGACUACAGGAUCCCGGUUCGUCGCCGCGAUCGGAGGACGCACGGUCCCCGCUGGAGAGCCGCGUGAGAUCCCUGGAGGAAAUGCGCUUUGUGGGCGGCAGAUCGCCGGAUGUGGAGGAACGGCUGGCGAGAUACCACGAGGAUUCCGGCAGUAAACGUUUCCCCAAGGAACACACCGCCACCGGCUUCUUUCAGGAGCCGGAGAACGCGGCUAGGAAGUGCUUCGCCGACGAGCUGACGGCGAGUCGCUGCCGCGAGCCGGAAACCUCACCCGGUAGGACGUCCUCGCCGCAGAGUUACAUUCUCAGCUCGGCCAGCCAGCACAGCGGCUCCAUCGGCAAGACGUCCUUCUGCAUUGACGCGCUGUUGGGGCGCGCCGCCACCAAACAAACGGAGAUCGAUCAGUCGUCGACUGAUCGGCAGAAGACGUUCGCCAGAAGCCACGCUGUACAACCAGACGGGCUGAACCUCAGCGGUGUCCAAGGACGAGAAUCCCCUCCGGGCGCCGGAGUGAGAUGCCCUACAGACCAAAGGAUCUCUUCCUCUUUGGGCAAUCCCCUGCAUCCUUUCGUUCAACAUCACGGUUCUGAUUCGCCGAGUCUCGAGACGCGUGAAAGACACUCCGCGAGCCGCGAGGCCGUCCUCGCCAGUCUCCACCACGGCGACACCGGCGUGUCGGUGCAACGCGGUCAGUUCAGGCCCGAGACCGGGGCCAGCAGUUAUCGGAACGUGGACCGGCUGGAGAACGUCGAGGACGACACGUCUGUCGACGUGGACCCGACGCGAACCGGAAGUGCCAGUCCCGGCAGCAACGCGAGUCGCAGUCCCGCCUCUAGUCCCCCCAUUUCACCCGGCUCGGAGGACCCCUCGAGCAACGGGGUCCUCAGCCAUCAGAGUCUCGCGUCCGGACCCUACGGAGUGGGCGCGGCGGUGGUCAGACAGAAUCAAGGCCUCCUACUACAUCCCGCGGGUCCACUUAUCCAUCCCGGCGGACUGUACUAUCAUCCGGCCGGCGGCAGCGCCUUCCACUCAAUACACAAGGAGGGUCAGCCGGUCGGCCAUCCUCAAUCCGGCGGGCCUCAUCCGCAGCAACAUCACAUCCAUCCACUUCAGCUCGAGUGGCUCGCCCGGACCGGCAUGCUGUAUCCGAGACUGCCCGCGGAUUUGGCCGGUUGCGCGGCGCAGCACGCGUUGCUGGGUAAGACCAGAAGGCCCAGGACCGCGUUCACGUCCCAGCAGCUUCUGGAGCUGGAGAAGCAAUUUCGACAAAACAAGUACCUCAGCAGACCGAAAAGGUUCGAGGUCGCGACGUCGUUAAUGCUGACAGAAACGCAGGUGAAAAUCUGGUUUCAAAAUCGACGGAUGAAAUGGAAGCGCAGCAAGAAAGCGCAGCAGGAGGCUCGCGCGAGCGGAAAAGUUGAGGACACCGGAAGCACGAGGAGUACCGAACGAGACGCCGGAAGUGACGUUAGCGUCAAUGCACCUGGCACUCCGGAAGAGUCCAGGGGAACGCUCCAGGAGAGCCAAAGGACCGGCACGGAUCUACAGGAACCCUUGUAUCGGCCUUAUGUAGUUUAAAGGACCAAUGAGGGGCGCGUUUAACCCUCGGAGGACCAACGUACCUCAGAAAACUCUCCCAGUAUUUUCAUUCGUCGCUCAUUUUAAUUUGCUUGCAAUGAUUUCACAAUCUUAACAGGUAGAUGGCAAAUAUUUGUCUGUGAAUGUCAUUAACUUCAUAAGGGAAAGGAAUGAAGAGGCAUGCUUCUUUAGAAGGAUUUUCGUUGGUCCUCUAAUGGUUAAAGACGAGUCAUCCUGUGUGCUUCUUUCGCUGAUCAUUGCCUAAAAAUGAUCUUUUCGCGGCAAGAGAUCUUGUUCGAUUCUUAAGAUUGGAUUCUUCUUAUUUCGACUGAGCGCGCGCACGAUUGUUCUUGUAUGAAUACUUUCAUAAUAAAAGGCGAGAAUGCCACGCUUCACUAUCAAUUGCAAGUAUCAUUUUUCGUAGUCAACUCUGACAAAGAAGGUUGCCGUGACUUAUUGUUGGGGAUCGGAACCGCUGCGAUUCUGACGUUUCCGAUUUCUCGCGUUGCGGGCGCAGCGUGAACCGUGGCUCACGCCGAUCCAUCGCGUUACCGUCGAUCCCUGCCAACUACCGAUCCCGUUUUCUACGAAGAACAACCGAUCUCGUGUACAUAUAUGUAUCUCAUCCCUGCAAUUCGCCAUAAUAAGCCAAAAUUCCGAUGUAAAUAGUGUUGCGUACGAGACGGAAAUCGCGAUCGCGAACAGUACCUCGCUUGUUCAUCGCGGUUAAUUAUCCCACCGACGUCACCGUCGAGAAGCGUUUCUCGCUCGGGGUAACGCGAUCGAAUUAUCCAUGCCUGUCGUCCGCGGGACGGAGAAGACGCGGACUGCAAACGAUGUGACGCGACCGAAGGAUGUAUGUAUGUGUGGGUGUGUAUGUACGUGUGUAUGUGUAUGCGUGCAUGCGUCGUGAUCGUGUGCGAUCUAGUGAUACCAAGUAAAUUCGCCUCGGGAUCUGCGGAGGAUCUGCGAGCUGGAUGCCAUUUAGCUUAAGUCCGUCGUGUACAUAGACACUCUAGAGACUAUUUAUUCUGUGUUCGCUCGGCUUGUAAGAUAGAGACGUCAGACAAACGCGCCGGGGCCGCGACGUUGUUAAUAUGGACGGUGAAAAGAGACGACAGGGUCGCGGGAUUCUCUCUCUCUCUCUCUCUUUCCCCUCUCUCUCUCUCUCUCUCUCUCUCU